AUGGCAGGUCCUAUCCGGCUUGGAGAGGUCAUCAACUUCGGCAAAUUCGCCUGGGAAGUCUAUCGAUUCGGUUGGCAUGACGAAUUCAAAGCAACAAGACAAUAUACUGAAUUUGGCCGCAACAUAAAAGGGCUCGCUGACAACCUUGACAUCCUUAGUCGCGUGGUAAACAAAGCGGGCCAAUCACUGCGUCAAGAAGGGGCCUUCAAGCCGUUGCGCUGGGAUCGCUCGUCCCUCGACGACAUAAUCGGAGACUAUAAGGAAACACUUACCGAAUGCUACCAACUGAUCGAGGACAAUCGUCGCUUUCGUCUCAACAGUGGUCCGCUCAAGAACAUCGAGUGGAAUGUGCUUGUGUCGCCUUCCGUAGAUCGACUACAAGCGCGUAUAGAACUACACAACUCAAAAGUCCUUCAUGUGCUAAAACCCUUUGAAAUCGAUCUGCUGUGCCGGGUUAGGGAGGACAUACGCCUCGCACACCAGGAUCUUGCCCAUCGUAUCAAUGCUGUCCAUCUUGACCUGCACCGCCUCAUUGGAGUAUUGGUGCCGGACCUCGAGCAAGCUCUUGCUCAGCAGACUCAUCAAGAGCUAGUUCAACUUGAGAUACCACCAACUGUGACUGAGGGCUUCCAGCACUCGUGGACGGCAGACAGGCCGGAGCAUAGUUUGGAUCCAGGUCUCCGGGAGAUGGCAGAUAUCUUCGUCCUCCACUACGACAGGUCCACGGUAAACUUCACCGCCGGCAUCUUCGUGGAGAACAGGAUCCCCAAGCUCGAGCAAUAUGUCAGCCUUUUGAAGUGUGUCUGGGUAAUGCAGCGCAUUCGCGAAUCGCCUGAGCUACACCAAUUGACUACAGGCUUUUCACACUGGCCUUCAUACAUCCAAGAGCUCGAAAAUAACCUCGGCUCUCAAUGCGAUCGCUUCAGACAAGACCUCGUGGCACCAAGCUUGAUCGGUUUGACGCCUGAAAUGCUGGGCUUCUGGCCAGAGAGAGAGCCGGCGCAGCUCGUUGAUGUGGUGACAAGGGUUGCGCUCAUGGAGCAAGUCUUGGAUAUACCAAUGCAAGGAUCUGACGCCAACAUCCUGAGGAAGCUUCAACUCCUUCGCUGGAUGGGCACAGACGGGAAACGGUUCCGUAUCAGCAUCUCCGGCGUGGAACAAGGAGGCACGAGUAGGAAUGCGCGUCGCCAAGCCGAGAUCAUCGACUUCGACAUCACGUCCGUCAUCGUCAACCCGUUGUAUGCUGUUCCUUCCAAGUCCGGAGCGUGGGAUAUGAUCUUGCGGAAAGACGAGCGGGUUGCCCGGCUGGCUUUCAGGCAGCUCAAGGACGUCGUCAAAUUCCAGCAAGCCGUCACUGGGUUCAAGGCUUUUAACAACUACAUCCAGUACAAGACUAUAGUCAGCUUCGUCGUCUCCGGCAAGGGAGAACCGAUUGUUGAGGACGCCUGUAUACAGCUAUGGAUUCCAAAGCAGCUCGACGGGCAGCUCGUCACCAAUAACGAGUCUUUGGUUGAAAAAACCCCCUCACCAAGGUCCGGAUCCAUUCUAUCUUCAACAACCAGCACAACAUCAAGACAGAGCACCGUCCGUGGGCCCUGGGGCACCGCCAAUCUCUCUAAGACCAGCCCGGCCGAAAAGGUGUUAAUAGGUGACGGGAGUGGUUCGCGAACUGGAUCUGCAGCGCGGAGCCCGUCGAUUCUAUCACCAUCGGCGAUAAACAACCCGGUAGGGGCUCGGUCUCCGAUGGCUAUCCCACAUCGGCCGGUGGGAUCGGGAAGCAGGCAGACGGCGGCGUCGCCACCCAGUGGUAGUCAGCAAGCGACCAUGUCGACACCGCCAGCCAGUCCUUGGUCGUCGAGCUUUUUUCCGGGAUCACGGCUAUCGAGGACGGUAUCUGUAUCAACGAUCAACACGCGCGCCGACAGGACAUUCAGCAUGUCGAGCAACAUGUCAACAACCACGUGGCCAUCUAACAACAGUUCGAAUGGCCAUGAAGUGCGUCCGUCGACUGUCAGCAUUGGCGGACAAACGACAAGGACAGUUCAUCGGCGUCCGCUCAAGCCCAUGCUGAUGUUGUUCACGCAGAACCCACAGACGGGUGCGCUGGCGAUGGUUACGAUAGACAUUGACGAAGAAACCGAGGUCAACCCGGAUCGGUGCAACUGCCGGCGGUCAGGACGGGACGGGUCAUCGUGCCGGAUCUCCGCCAUCGAACAGAGCCGGGGCAAGGCAGAGAUGUCGGUGCGACGGUUUGAAAGCCGCGAUGGCGACAUGGACUGGAACCUAGCCAAACUGGCUCUCGGCCGGCGAGGGGACAGGGAGCAUGCUGCAGCUGCUUGGAAAGACGUCCGGCGCAUCAGCAUCAUGUUUCCGACUGCUGAGGACAGAUCCAAGUUCGGAGGGACGCCCAACAUCUGUCAGUGCAAUGCGAGAACGGAGGCGGGGCUAGGCCAGUGCCUCAGAAACAUGCACAAAGGGUUCUUUGGACUCGUCAAGGAAUCGGGUCGACAGCAGCUUAACGAGUACCAUCGGGCCAGAUUCGGGUCGCAACAUGAUGUGGUUCAUGGAAUGAGAGACGACUACUGA